AAUUCAUUAAUUUCUAGAAACCUCUCAUGAAAAGAGUCAUUAAUCCGUGAGAACCGUGAGUGACUAUAUAUCAAUCUUCAGAGUCCUAAAAAAGUUUGAUCACUUUCGCAUUGACCUAUAUAACCUUUUCUCUCCGGUUACCAGAACCGUAAGUUGCUGAACAUGAACCCGCAAUCGCCGGUUCGGGCGGAACCGGAGCCUCCGGUUCCGACGUUCUCCCCACGGUUCGCGCUCACGUCCGGUUCGCAGCGGAAAAUCGCGAUCGCGGUCGAUCUGAGCGACGAAAGCGCCUACGCGGUGCGCUGGGCGGUGCAGAACUACCUGCGACCGGGCGACGCCGUGAUCCUCCUGCACGUGCGUCCCACGAGCGUUCUCUACGGCGCGGACUGGGGCUCCGUGGAUCUGAGCGCGGCGGAGGACGCCGAUGACGGCGGAGGAGGCGACGAGGAGUCGCGGCGGAAGCUGGAGGACGACUUCGACAACUUCACGUCGACGAAAGCGAGCGACCUGGCUCAUCCGCUGGUGGAGGCGCAGAUACCGUUCAAGAUCCAUAUUGUGAAGGACCACGACAUGAAGGAGAGGCUGUGCUUGGAGGUGGAGCGGCUCGGGCUCAGCGCCGUCAUUAUGGGGAGCCGCGGCUUCGGGGCGUCGAAGCGAGCCGCGAAGGGGAGGCUCGGGAGUGUUAGUGAUUACUGCGUUCAUCAUUGCGUGUGUCCCGUUGUGGUUGUGCGUUACCCCGAGGAGAACGAUAACGGUAAAGGUGACGGUAACGGUGCUGGUGGUCUUGUUGUGCAGGUUGGGGAACCGGUGGAGCUUCCGCCUGUGCCGGAGGAAGAGCAUGAGGUGUAUCAUGAUGCUUCCGAUGAGCACAGAGAUGCUUAAUGAAAGUAUAGAGCAAUGUCUAUUUCCCUACUAACUUCAGAAACUGCUCACGGCAGCAAGGCAUGUAUCAAAUGAAGAAGAAUGUGUUAGAAUUGAUAAGUAUCUUCGUUGGACAAACUAUACAUUGUAAAGUGGCUGUUUGGUUGGUUAGCAUUUGUAUGCUUUUGUACAAGUUUGUUUCUACACUGUUUCAAUACCCAGUGACAGGGUUGAAUAUGCUACCUUUCUACUUUGACGAUUGAUUUGGAGGCUCUUGAUCCUGAUUGGAAAUCAAUUAUAGAUUUAAGAAACAACGAAAGUUUUAUUUUACUGUCUUGCUUCCUGUGAAUGCCUGGUACAGUUAAUGUUGAAGUAAAGUUGGACGAUGACUGAGAAUCACAAACAUUUUACGUUACCAUUUGUCUCGGACGCCUUCCAAUAAAACAAUUUCCCCGUUUGUUUGCGUUGGAUUACAA